AUGACGGUCGCCGAGCUGCUCCGCGCCCAGCUCGAGGAGCACAACAUCGAGGUGAUCCUCCAUUCCGAGCCCUCCCCCCUCUCCGAUUUGGUGCCGUAUGAGCCUAUCCUUGAGGAUGAUGAUGACGACGAUGAAUACAAUGAUGAGGAUGAGGAUGAAAAAGAUGACGAUGAUGUUGAGGGAGGUGAUGCUAGUGGAAGAUCUAGGCAGACAAGGAGUGAGAAGAAGAGCAGGAAAGCCAUGGAGAAGCUUGGCAUGAAGGUCAUUACUGGUGUGAACCGUGUAACUAUCAAAAAGAGCAAGACCGUUACGUUUGUCCUCUCCAAGCCAGAUGUCUUCAAGAGCUCACACUCAGAAACCUAUGUCAUUAUCGGGGAGAUCAAGUUCGAGGACCUGAACACUGAGCUGCAGACACAAGCGGCAGAGCAGUUCAAGGCGCCGGGCCCGAGCAGGGUCAAUUCGAUGGGUGAGCCGUCCGUGGCAGCAGUCCAAGAUGACGAGGAGGUUGACGAGACCGGCGUUGACAAGAAGGACGUCGAGCUCAUGAUGAUGCAGGCCUCCGUGUCGAGAUCCAGGGCCGUGGAGGCACUCAAGGCUGCGGAUGGCGACAUCGUCAGCGCCAUCAUGGAGUUGACUAACUAGGUCCUGGAAGGUGGAGUUGUGUCCUGAUAAUAGGGGGGGUUGGGUCAAUGCUAUCUUUUGGCCAUGUCCUCUUGAAUUUUGCAGCUGCGUAAUUGGAGGCUCUGUGUCUCUGUUGAAAGCUGAAACAGUAUUUUGGAGCAUGUUGUUUCGGAUGCGGGUAUGGCUCCAGAGCGUGGUGAAUGCCACCUUUUUUUGGAGAUGUAGGUUUUGGAGGCGUUUAAACAUGUGAUGAUCAGCAAACUGCUUGCUCUUAUGGGAAAAUCUGAAUUGGCUGUGCCAAGUUUUGCUACAAACGGAUGUCAUUCUGUGUUC